UCCAACGCCCUAACCGUCCCGCACUAUUGCCGCCGCCGACAUCCAUCAAUCCCGGUUCCCAUAAGUCUCCUCAUAUUCCCUCCAACCGUUAGAAUGAUAAUCCAUGAUGCUUCCUCAUCAUGCUCCGUAAUCCGCAGUUAUAUUUCCCGAUCCCGUAAUUAGCCGGGGUUUUCUGAUCGUUUGUAAUACAUGUCUGAAUAAGCUUUUAGGGGUUUUGUCGCCAUAGAUGCAUAGGGAAUUCGCGCGGUGUUAGGGUACAUAUAGAGAAGAUGCAACAUCAGAAGAAGAAAAAGAAGAGAUCGAAGGCACCGAAAACCGGCAGGUCUGGAAGGGCUUCUUCUUCAUCUUCUUCAGCGGGAGAUAAGAAACACGACGAGCAAAAGGCUGUAGAUGCUUUAUUGGUAGCUUCAAUUCCUGUCCAAGCGAACGUGGAACUGAACAAUGACGGCGAGGUCAUUGGCGACCUGGAUGAGAUUUCGGAGGAACGGAGCACAACCUCCUCGUGUUUUAGCAGGGAGGCAGGUUCGAGUUCCUGCACGAGUUCUUCGGAGGUGAUUUUGGAGGACCAUUGUCUCGAAAGUUUCCAUGGGGCGAGGCAGAAGUGUAAGAUGAGAAAGGAUGUAGCUUCAGCUGGGACGGUUUCAACCUUGUUGGGGAAAGACUACGUGAUGUCUGUUCCUAAGAAGAAUUCAUUGAGAAUGAAGGGAUCUAAUGGUGAUUUUUUCACAAAGGAAGAUGCCGAACAAUUCUUAUGUUCAAUGCUUGGAGGGGAGUGCGAAUUGAGCUUCCCCCUGGUUAGAGACGUGUUAUGUCAGUGUGGAUACGAUGUAGAUAAGGCUCUAAAUGUAUUGCUUGAAUUAUCAGCAUCCCCCUGUGAUCAAGUGGAAAAGAUUACAGUAGAUACAUCAUUGCUUGCAGAAUCAAGUGAGAAUCUCACUGACAAGACUAGUGAUACUGCCUCUCUGUCAUCUAAAGGUGAUUUUCAAGGCAGUAUGUGGAAUGCAGGGAACUCUUGCUGGAAUCAGUUUAAAUUUAGUGCUGAUAUUAAUAAGCCUUCUUCACCAGCACCAAAAAACUUGGAGUCACAAUUCUCAGAGGAAGUUUUGAAAUCCUUGUUUAAUAUGCCCACUCCCAAGAAUGCUGAACGUGAACCGAAUACACUGAACUGGAAGAACGUUGUAACUAAAAUGGCAUCUUUUAGACCGAAACAUGAACCUCACCCCUCCAAGAGUGUAACAGAUCAUUAUGACCAUGCCAGGGAGAAUGCCUACCAUAGGUUCAGAGAAUCUUCAAAGUGUCAUCGGGAAUCUAUGAAACUCUGCUAUGAGAAGGCUGCAUCAGCUUCUAUCAAUGGCAAUCGUCAAUAUGCUGCUUAUUUAUCUGAACAGGGUAACACACAUAAUACUAAGGCCAGGGAAGCUGACAAAAAGGCCAGCCUGGAUGUAUUUGAAGCCAGAAAUAAGAGUAUAGAAAACAUGAUUACUAUUGACCUGCAUGGGCAGCAUGUCAAACAAGCAAUGAAAUAUUUGAAACUCCACCUGCUGUUUGGGGGAUAUGUACGCUCUGUGAAAUCAUUUAGGGUUAUCACAGGAUGUGGGAGCAGUGGUGUUGGGAAGUCGAAACUGAAAAACUCUGUAAUUAACCUAUUGGAAAAGGAAGGCAUUGAAUGGCGGGAGGAAAAUAGAGGAGCAUUGCUCAUCAAGCUUCAUGGGGAAACAAAUUUCAGCUUCAUAGAUUCUGACAGCGAUAGUGAUUGAUUAUUGUCAAUCUUAUAGGUUCCUUAUAUCAGGGGUUUCUAAUUCAUUAGUUUUUCCAUUUGUAUAUACGGAGUAGUUUAUUGCGCCCACCUUAGUUUAACAAUUAGCUGGCUUUAGAUUAAUGAUUUAUUGUACUGUCCUAUUUACAGUAUGCUUUGCGUAGGUUGCCCUCAGGACUUCUUCCUGUUAAGGGGUGUGCUUUUUGUAAUUCUAUGUUGUAUCUUUAGCCAAGACAAUCACAU